CUGCUGGCGGAAGUAUGUAAUGGUUGCAGUUCUGGUCUGAAUCACUAGCCAAACUUUAGCUUUUGUCUGGAAACCUAAAUAUAAUGGCAACGUUUUUCGGCGAGGUUUUGUCUGUGUAUUCUCGUGCCGUGGAGGAAGAUGACGAGGAUCUCGAUGAAAACGAAGAGGAUGAACAAAUCCGCAGAGAACUUGAGGAAAAGAGGGAGGUUCAUCUACACUGGAGCCCUGAAGUCUCCGGAUCACUGACGUCUGGAAACAAGUUGCAGUGUUCAGAUUUCAUCCUCGCUGUGGGGCACAACGCUGCCAGGUUUCUGUCAGUGUACGUUCUCACCUCUGCAAACUGGGAUGCAGUGGGACGUGCAUCAGUGUGGAACGAGAGGAGCCGGGCUGUAACUGGGCAGACCAGCGAGGAGUCAGCAUGUGUUUUCUACAGACACAAGGAAAACCCAUCAGUUUUGAUAUGCCAAGUGACUUGCUACAUUGCAGAAGACCAGCUUUUCCAGUGGACAGAAAAGGUUUUUGACUGUCUGCAGCACAGAGAGCUGAAUGUGACAGUGCUGUCAGAUAGCUCUGUGGCUGAGUACAAGGCAGCAGACUAUCUGUCGGGAGGCUCCGCUCCCUUCCUGCGCUCUCUCCACACCGGUGCUUUCAGAGGUCGGGCUGUCUGCCAGCCACUGGAGCAACCCAACAUAGUUACUGGACUUCCAGCUGCAGUGCUGAACCACUGCGAGGUCCAUCGCAUCAGUACAGUUGUUUACCAGUGUUACAGUGAUGUCAUAGGCCCUGACUCUGUCACCAUGGAGACCUACAAGCCUGCACUAACCAAGCUUGGCAAGUCCAUACAGCUGGACCCGUCUCCGAGCACAGACGUUCUUCGCAAGUUUGUCACAACCACCAACAUUCAGAGCAAUCUUUAUAUCUGAAAAUAGACAUUUCAUUUUAUUUUCCUGUGGUAAAAUACUGUCAUUUUUUUAAAUAAAGAAAUUAAGUAAAGAAAGACUUUAUUUGAAUGAAAGUAGUUGAAUGAUAUACUUAAUUUAUAUUGUAGUAACAAAGAGAUGGGAAUUAGAAUUUGCAUGUACCAAUUUGCUGUUCCAAUUUCUGAAGCAAUCAUAUGAGGGAGCUACAGUGUGCCUGCAUCAUAAAUACCACUGUAAACCGCUCCCAUCUUUUCACUACGUAGAAUUACAGGUUAUCACAUUGUCAGGUGAGUAAAGGAAGAAGACACAGGCGGAGAUUCUAAAAGGGUUCAUGUGAAAAGAGUUCAACAAGGUAAAAACAUUUAUGCCCCAGAUUUUGUAACUUGAAAAUAAUUUUGUGUUGUUAUCCCCCUGAUUCCCGAAGAUGCAGUUUCUGCAGGGUGAAUUGUAUCAAUGUUGACGAUCCCUUGAUUUUUUUAUUUAGUGCCACUAGCAGGUGAAAAUAUUGAACUUAUGAUUUAUGACUGAAUGCUUGCAAUAUUAAUGGCAUCUCAGUCUCUUAAUCUUGUACUAAAAAAGAUCUAAAUAUGUCAUUGAGUAUCACUAUAACUAUAAUCUCUUAAGCUUUUUAGAAUGACCCACAUUCAGAAGAUCCUGCCUCUGGUUAGCAUAAGAAUAGAAAGCCUUUUAUCAGUAUACAUGCAUCUUUUAGUAUGUGUUCAUGCUCCCACUGAUCUCCAGUCAGCUGUGCAGCAAUGAAUCCAGAGUAGGACAAUAAAGCUGAAACGAUGCAGUGUGACUUUGAAGAGUUUGCAGAAACAGGUCAGAGCCUGAGAGAAAAGAACAAUUUGUCUGAGCCUGUUCAGCUGACUCUGAGGGUUUUAGCUAUCUUUCAGCCUUCAGACCAGACAUAAUAAAGACUACCAAAAUUAGAAGAAAAAGAAAAACGACAGAGAAAUAAAAUGGACCAUAUGUCUGAACUUGA